ACAUUGAUCUAUGUAACCUGGUGUAACUAUCCCGCGCGUUUUAAGUACCUCCUCACUUUGGGUCUCAUUACAAUUUACCCGCCAAUGAAUCAACCAAUGAAUUUUUCAAUUCAGAUCACGUGAUUUUCCGACUAAACAAAAACGGAAGCAUGUUCAUCGUCGUAGUCAAAUAUGACAACAACCCCGGGAGAGACAUGUGGAGUGAAAGUUCGUGAGUUUUACAACGGUUUUCACUAGUCCUAACACGUGUAAGAGAUUAUUCGAACAUUUCAAUCACUGUGUCUUUGAAAUUUUGCGUAAGAAGACAUAUUUUGAUUCAUCUUUCUGAUUCUGUUCAAUUCCACGUGGUGCACUCUGCGAUCUAUAAACAAAACAUGUCGGGAAAUAACGGUACCGUAAAAGUUCAUCCGGACGACAAGGAGGUUGUGAUAGAAGAAGAUACCACAGUCAAACUGAAGAGAGAACUUCAGCUUCACAAUGGGGUAGCCAUUAUUGUUGGGGUUAUAGUUGGGAGCGGGAUCUUCAUAUCUCCGAAAGGCGUUUUGACGGAGUCAGGAAGUGUAGGACUUUCCCUCAUCGUGUGGGUGCUCUGUGGGGUCAUUUCUCUCGUGGGGGCCAUGUGCUAUGCCGAGCUGGGGACAAUGAUUCUAAAAUCGGGUGCGGACUAUGCUUACAUUAUGGAAGCGUUUGGUCAUUUCCCGGCUUUUCUCUACCUAUGGGUAGCUAUCAUGAUUAUCAUUCCCACUGGAAAUGCAAUUACUGCCCAGACUUUUGCGUAUUAUGUGUUAGAACCACUGUUCCCCGAUUGUGAAGCCCCCGGGGAGGCGGUCACUCUACUAGCAGCUGUUUGUAUCACUCUCCUGACAUUUGUAAAUGCGUGGAAUGUAAAAAUGGCAGCCCGGGUCCAAGAUGUGUUCACCAUCACAAAAGUUCUAGCAUUAGUGGUCAUCAUUAUCACUGGAAUAGUCUACCUCUUCAUUGGUGACAGGGAGAGUUUUGAGGAGCCAUUUGAGAACUCAGAAACAUCUUUAGGAAAAAUAGCCCUGUCCUUUUACUCUGGGCUUUUCUCCUAUGCAGGAUGGAAUUAUUUAAAUUUUGUGACAGAAGAAUUGAAAAAUCCAUACAAGAAUCUACCUCGAGCCAUUGGUAUAUCUAUACCAUUAGUGACAGUUAUAUAUGUGCUGGCUAAUAUAGCGUAUUUUGCCGUCCUUACUCCGGCUGAGAUGUUGGCCUCUAAAGCUACUGCUGUGACCUUCGCUGGCAGAACUCUUGGGGUGAUGGCGUGGAUUAUGCCUGUUUUUGUGGCAUGCUCAACAUUCGGCAGUGUAAAUGGGGCCAUAUUUACAUCUUCUAGAUUGUACUUUGUUGGGGCCAGACAAGGACAUCUCCCAGAUUUCCUAGCCACCCUGAACAUUAAUCUCUUCACGCCUCUUCCAUCCCUGUUGUUUGGGUGUCUGAUGUCCUUGGUCAUGUUGUGUAGUCGAGAUGUCCAGGUCCUCAUUAACUACGCAGCAUUUGUGGAGACCUUGUUUGUCACAAUCAGUAUUGCCGGCCUCAUCUACAUGCGAUAUAAAUUUCCCAAACGGGAACGACCCAUCAAGGUGGCUAUACUACUGCCCAUUUUCUUCAUCUUCAUCUGUGUAUUCCUGCUGUUAAUGCCUCUGACGAUUGAUGCUAACGAGGUGUUAUGGGGCAUCAUCAUGAUCUUGUCUGGGGUCCCAGUCUACCUGCUGGGGGUUGCGUGGAGAAACAAACCCCGGGCCUUCACUGGCUUCGUAGACUCCUUCACGGUGCUGUCUCAGAAGGUGCUAUUGACGGUUCGCGAGGAGAUGAAGGAAGACUGAACAAGGGAAGAGGAUCCAGCAAUAGAAGAGGAGGGGAUUCCCAUACAGGGGACUCCCAACAAGCCAGCUGUCUCGAAAGCCUUAUUGUUUCUAUGCAUCUGUUAAUUGUUGCUUUAAUUUAAACUCGUUUACUGCCUUUCCACAGUGUGGAUAUUAAGUUUAUCUGAUAUACAAUGACAAUAUACAACUAUGUUUUUAACUGUUGCAUACUAAUGUUCACAAGUAGUAUGUGUUCAAUACCUGCAGCAACAUUCCAUGUGGAUGCACCCAUUUUAUUUUGUAUGGAGUGUUCCCUAUUUUCAGGAUACAGAAUUAUUAGAACGUCAAUGUUUAUAUCAAAAUCAUGACUGUUCCUUUAGAAUCUUAUCAACCAAUUUGCAAAUGUCCAUGUUAAAGGUUGCAAGCAUUAUUGAUGUUUAUAUUUUGUUAAUUUGAAACAGUUACAGUAAAACACGGUUAUAGCGAACACGCUUAUAAAGAAUUGACGCUUACAGUGAAGUGACUUUCAUUCCCCGAGGCUAUAUUACAUGUUGUAAACUUGACGGAUAUAACGAAUUACGCUUAUAACGAAGCAAAAUCGCCCGUCCCUGGUGCUUCGUUAUAACCGUGUUUUACUGUACAUUGUAUACGCAUUAUCAUUUUCUGAUCUGAGCUAUUAUUAUGAAAGGUUGGAAACAGUUUUGAAAUCUUAUAAACAAUACAUGUAUGUGUAUUAAUUUAUUUUUCACUCUGUAAAGUUUUCAUUUUUCAAUAUGCUUUCAAUGACAUUCAACAUUUACUGGGAAAGAACUUGCAUGUACCUAUAUAAAGACUAAGUUGAAAUACAGAUAAAUGUUCAUGUGAAGUUGAUAUGAAAUUUAUUUUUGAAACAUUGUUUCAAUAAGAAACAUUUGCAAGUGAGGUUUUUGUGUGUUCAUGUCAUGUUAGAAAUUUUUGGUGAAAUUUGCAUAAUUGCCUGUGUAUCUUUUAUUUGAGUAAAUAUUGGCUUGACUGGGAUAUUUGUUAAAGUGACAUUGUGCAUAAUAUAGAAUGAUUGGAUUCAUGAAAUGUCAGGAAUUAUGAUUUGACAUCUGUCCACUGUUUGUCCUCAUUCAAAAUUAACAUAACAAUAGUCCUCAUGCAGAAUUAUUAUACAAUCAUUGGUCACAAAAUGAUAUUACGAUUAGGAUAUGAAUAUUCCUAUUUGAUAUUGCUCAAAUCCCGCUUUCCAAAUUAGCACUGUAUUUCACUGCCAGUAAAUCAGUUAGGAUUGAGAGUGUGUGCAAAUUAAUUUCCAAGAAAUUACCUCCUGUAGUAAUUCAAUAUCUGGUCAUAAUAGUUGUUUAUGACUGUGUAUUGGGGGUUGAUUGUGUAUUGAUUGUUGAUUGAUUGUUGCUGUAUGUUAAUUGAUGUUUGAUAUUUUGGAACUGUGGUGUAGUUGAUAUGAAGGUCUUUGCUGUCAGGUUUCUAAUGUGAAGAAAUCAAUUUUGUCUUGUACUCUGUAUACAUUUACUUUACUCUAGUUACCUAUCUUAUUUACUCACAGUUUGAUGCCAUCAGCCAUUUUUCAGGUCCAAUAUCUGAACUUUUCUUAAGCUGUAGAUUUUGAAAAUAUUACUAUGGUCUUAAUUUUGCUAGUUUUUGUGAACUGUUCAGUACUGCUAGUUUUGAAGUAAUGCAUCUGACUGUGUGUGCUAUUCUUCAUAUUGUUGGUGUGAGAUAUGUCUAAAUGGGCAUUUACGUUAAAUUUACAAGAAAUUAUAGAAAAUUUGACACAAUGGAAUAACUUACAAUAUUGCCGAUUUUGAACAUUGAUAGUGUGACAAUCUUUAAGAGGUUGUAACAGUCUUAUUUUUCUAGUUAUGAGAUCAAUAUACGAUAUUGUAAAGUUUUGUAAAGUUUUGAUGAUGGGAUUUCAUGUAUACAACAUUUCUUGAUGCAGUUGUACAUAUCACUAAAUCACUAAGCUGCACUGCCAUGUCUGAAUAUACAUGACUUAACAUGACUACAAAAUCAUGGCGGAAGCAUAGAAGCAUUUUUUUUGGGGGGGGGGGGGGGUUAGAGUAUCAUACUUAUACUCUAGAUCAAGUAUGGUAUGCAUAUAAUAUAUAUAUUUUUAUAUUUUUUUGGUGAAUGAUCAAUUUAAAUCUUUUCCAGUACAUUAAUGACCUUGCUCAUGAAUGUUUAUGGCAUGCAUUAUUUUAUUAUUAAGUGUGAUUGAAAUUUUGCAUACUGAUAAUUAACACCGUGAUUAAUUUAUAGAUGAGUGUCUAUCUCUCAGAUGUUAUACAUGUAGUACUACAUACAUUACCCUCAUUCAAAAUUCAAAAGCGUCUUGUAGAAUAAAUGACCGUUCAGAUGUUACUUAGUAGUCCUAUUAGCAGAUGGAUAGGUUAGGUGUCAAAAUUGCAAGUUGGACAUGCAUGUAUACUGUAUAUUUCAAACCCCAGGUUUUGUUUAAACCAAGUUUCAGGGAGCAAGAGAAAACUGAAUUUAUAAUACAGGUAGAUUGUAGAAAGGUCUAAAAACCCGGGGAAGGGUGUACAAAUUCUGUUAAUGAUUUAGGACUUUUACUAGUUUUAUAGUAUUGUAGUCAUUUAGUUUUUAUAUCUACGACUUUUGUGUUUCUUUUUCCAAGUCUUAAAAUAGAUCUGAAUGCAUUGUACAAAUAGCAUAAUAUUAUUCUUGCUUUUAAAUUAGUGUUUAAGCUUUAAUUAAAAGGUGAUUUUGAACUAAAUCUUGUCAGAUUCUAUACAAAAUCAUUACCAAUGGUCUUAUUUUUACUGCAUUAUGCCAUUUUAUAUUCAAUUCUUUUAUCAAUGAUCGAAUGUUUGUUGAGGUUUAUUCUUGAAGUUGCAAUCUGUAUUAUUGUAUUUAUUUGCUGUUAUAUUGAAAUGAAUAAAGACAGUCUGUAUUGUGA